GUCAGAUCAAUUUUCCUAUCGAAUUGCGAUAAUUUUAUAACCAAACAAAAUAUAAGAAAUAUUAUUAUUCUUGAUUAUGUGCUUGUAGUUACAUAAUGCUGCAGUCAGUUUUAAAACGAUAUUUAACUGUGCGAACAUUGAAGGCAUUUAAGGCGCCAGUUUCUUCACAAAUUAGAAGAAUUCACGUGACUUCAAGUUUACGGCACGGAGAAUACGAAUGGCAAGAUCCCAAGUCUGAAGAUGAGGUUGUAAAUAUAGUAUACAUAGACAAAGAUGGAAAUAGAAUUAAUGUGAAAGGCAAAGUAGGUGACAAUGUUAUGUAUCUCGCGCAUAGACAUGAAAUUCCUAUGGAAGGUGCCUGUGAAGCCUCCCUAGCUUGUACUACAUGUCACGUUUAUGUACAAUCGGAAUAUUUUGAUAAACUACCACCUUCUGAAGAAAAAGAAGAUGACCUACUAGAUAUGGCACCAUUUUUAAAGGAAAAUUCUAGAUUAGGAUGUCAAAUAACACUCACCAAAGAAUUGGAAGGGAUUGAAGUACAGUUACCAAAAGCAACUCGGAACUUUUACGUAGACGGACAUAAACCCAAACCGCAUUGACUUGCAACUUUUAUUUUAAGCUUAGAUAGAGGAAGAGUAAUGUACACUACUUCUAGAAACGUUUUCUAUGAUAGCUCUUGUUUUAGAAGAGUAGUUGAAAUAUUGGCUGCUUUAGUUUAUGAACAUAAAUUUCUUUAUUUUUUCUAAAUUUUACCAAGAUGUAUCUUAUGAGGCUGAAAGCUGACCUCAACGUACUUGCAAUAUGUACCUUUCAGUGUAUAAAUAUUAUUCCACUUUUUUAAAAGCACAGUGGACACCAUUUACUCAAAGUUAAUUUCAUUUAAAAUGUCUCCAGUCAAAGCUAUGGACUUCCAAAUUUUUCUGCCUGUAAUUUUUUCUCACUUCUGUGUUUUUAUUUGGAUGUGACAAAAGUAACAAGAAAAGAUGUACAAGUUGAGUGUUUUAAUAAUUGCACCAAAAUAUAGGUCAUCUUCAUUAGAGAUAAAUUGUAAGUAGGUAUAUAGUAAUCUCUCAAUGCACUAAAUAAGUACUAAAAUGCAGUACAAUGAAAUACAAUAGUAUCAUAGAAUAUUUUCUUGCUUCAAGCAUAAUGUAUAUAAUUUAGUUAAGAAUUUGUUAUUGUUUUUAACAACAAUGUUGUACAAAAGUUGUAUAAAAAUAAAACAUUUUAUCAUUA